AUGGCGCCUGUUCUGUCGGCAUCUACCUUCUCUUUGCCGCUACCUCCCUGGCUGCAGCCAACAAGCACUCGAGUCGCCCAAUACGAUCGCCAAAAACGCAAGAAGAGUAUUGAGUAUACGGAUGAUAAUGGGGAUGGUGCAGAUACGACAGAUGCCGCUUCAGUGGCAGAGUCGGUUCCUGCUAGACAAUCUCUGAUUUUGACACCCAAUGAAGCUCAUCAGUAUAGAACCGCUGGUCUCUCUUUUGACCAAGAAUUACCAGGCGGUCAAUUUCCCCAUGCGCCUCCCAAGAAAGAACAACCAAACAAGCAGAAUCUUCCAGGUCAUCUUCCCGGUGCCCUAGCGUCUCUGACAUCGCCUGUCUACCCCCCACAGGCCGCUGCGCACCAAGGUAAUGUUCGUCUCCAGCACCUUGCAGUUUUGACUGCCAUUCUCCAUCGCUGUCUCCUCCAAAGAGACUACAUCCGAGCUGGAAGGGCAUGGGGUCUCCUUUUACGAGAAGAAUUCAGAGGCAUUCCGCUAGAUGUGCGCAGUGAAGGCAGGUGGGGCAUCGGAGCAGAGAUCCUGCUGCGAAAAGGCCAACAGAAAGUGCCAGCAGAGGCGGAUCAUUCAUUGUUUGAUAACACACAAUCUCCAUUUACUUCAAAGGGAUUUGCGGAUGCGCAAGAGUACUACGAGAGAUUGAUUCUAAAUCACCCCUUCGCGAAAUCUUCACCGAACUCCAUAUCUGCUCUACACUUCUACCCAGCGAUGUUUGGUCUGUGGAUCUAUACUUCACAGGAGGAGAGUGAUUUAGCAAGGGAGAAAAUAGCUCUAAAUUCCGAUGAUUUAUCUGAUGUCUUCUCUGACGACGGAAACUCAUCGAUCGAUUUUGAACGUCGCGAAGCGGAAAAGAGACAGACGAUGACUUCUGCUGUUCGUGCGAAGGAAUUGGAGCAGGCACAGCAAAUUGCUGCGCGCCUUGGCUCUCUCCUUGCAUCACCUCCAUAUUCAGACUCCUCUGAGUUACUGGAACUCCAAGGCAUGGUGUCACUUUGGAUUGGAGAUUUACUGAUAAGUUCCUUGGUCACAUCACCAGAGGAUGGGGAAGAGUAUGACCCUGAGGCUAUGCUAAUUGAUAGCAAUCAAGGUUCAAUGGAGACACGGCGUCAACAACAGGUCGCUAUAGAGCGAAGGCAGGCAGAGUUGGAAAAAGCAAGGGAAUUUUUGGAAAAGGCCAGGCAACGUGGAAAAAGUGUUGCUGAAAACUUAAAGCAUCUUCACAUUGGCGAUGGAUCACCAUCGCCUUUUAAUUAG